AUGUACGAGCCGACGAGCACCGACUACCUGCGCCAAGUGUACGGCUGGCGCUCACUGUGCAGUCAAUCGAGAUGGGCGCCGGCGCGGUCCGGACACGUUCUUUCCGAGUGCAAAGCGGGAGUUGAGCUCGACGACUAUACGAGCGGCGCGAACGGCGGGAGAGACAUGGUGCUCGAGCUUGCUAAGAAGGCGACUAGCAUGCUUCCAAAGCAUCGCAAGUUGGAGAAGAAGAUCUUGCGCGGAAAAGCGACAGCUGCAAGUGACGCAAGAGUCAAAGCAUCAGCAGUGAGCUGCGCGCGAGAUUUCGUACGUACGACGAUCGGCGCGCAAGGUGUUAGGCGAGACAACUGGAUCCUCUACAGCAGUGCGAGUCGGCAUCCCGUUGACGAAGAGCCUCUACUUGUGCGGCUCAAGGUCCUCGCGAUUGGCGCUGACACGACAGUGAUACUGACGGAUGUCUACCUCGCACCGCGACUGUCGAGAACCAUCGUAUCAUAUGGAAAGAUCGAGAGAGGGGCUUUGGCUCUCAUCUACGACGGCGACAUGCACUCGGUGACUUGA